CACUCGUGCGCUUUCGUGGGGGAUCGAGUCCCCUUCCGCGUAGAGGCCCACGCCUCCGCAGCAGGUGGCCUCGUGAGGCCUACGUCUCCUCCGCUCGUCCCGCAGAGUGCGGGGAGACCCGGGGGUACGGGCCUGACCGAGACUCCCCUCCUCAGCCGCGGCCUGACAGCCCAGCCGCCGGCACUUUUGACCCAGAGUCAAGCCUUGCAUAGGGGGCAGCAGCAGAAGGAACUGGGGGUUGUUGGAGCUGGGAGGAUAGGACAGUCCCCUAAAGGAAAAGCAGGCCCCAAGGUUUGAGGAAGAGGGAUGCCCGGGAAAGGCCCUGGCCCCUUGUUUUCUGUGCUGGGUGCUGACCUGACACCCGUGGGAAAAGGUCACUGCUGGACACCUGGAUCGGGUCUGUCAUGUACAGAGGAAGCGGCUGUUCUACCAUCUGCCUGCUCUUCUGCCAUCGGAACUCCCUGACUGUGCCAGCCUCUAGGCCAUGGAGAAUGAGCUACCAGUCCCACAUACGUCUAGCAGUGCCAGUGUCACCAGCAGUACCAGUGGGGCCAGCAGUGGCUGCAACAAUGGCAGCAGUGGUGGGAGUGGCCGCCUCACUGGCCCCCAAAUAUCUGUGUACAGUGGUAUCCCUGACCGGCAGACCGUGCAGGUGAUCCAGCAGGCCCUGCACAGGCAGCCGGGCACGGCAGCACAGUACCUGCAGCAGAUGUACGCAGCCCAGCAGCAGCACCUCAUGCUGCAGACGGCGGCCCUCCAGCAGCAGCACCUCAGCAGCGCCCAGCUCCACAGCCUGGCGGCUGUUCAACAGGCGAGCCUGGUGGCCAACAGACAAGCGAGCACUUCAGGCAGCAAUGUGUCUGCACAGGCCCCAGCCCAGUCAUCUUCGAUCAACCUGGCCGCCUCCCCGGCAGCAGCCCAGCUCCUCAACCGGGCUCAGAGCGUCAACUCCGCAGCAGCCUCAGGCAUCGCCCAGCAGGCUGUGCUCUUGGGCAACACAUCUUCCCCAGCCCUGACUGCGAGCCAAGCACAGAUGUAUCUAAGGGCACAGAUGCUCAUCUUCACGCCCACGGCCACCGUCGCUACUGUGCAGCCUGAGCUCGGCACUGGCUCCCCCGCCCGGCCCCCCACCCCCGCCCAGGUACAGAACUUGACCCUCCGAGCACAGCAGACACCAGCUGCAGCAGCUUCGGGCCCUCCGCCCACUCAGCCUGUCCUGCCCAACUUGGCCCUGAAACCCACGCCUGGCAGUAGCCAGCCUCUGCCUACCCCAUCACAGGGCAGAAACACUGCUCAGGGUUCCCCCGCAGGUGCCAAGCCUGGCAUAACUGACAGUCUGAUGGAGCCACUCAAGAAAGGAGAUGGCGGCAGCAGUGUGCCAGGGAACAUGGAGGGCCGGGCUGGGCUCAGCCGGGCGGUUCCUGCUGUGGCUACCCACCCCCUCAUUGCACCAGCUUAUGCUCAACUGCAGCCACACCAGCUCCUCCCACAGCCAUCAUCAAAGCACCUGCAGCCCCAGUUUGUGAUCCAGCCGCAGCCGCAGCAAUCUCGGCCUGUGCUCCAAGCCCAGUCCCAGCCCCAGCUCGCCUCGGUCUCUCCCAGCGUGGCCCUGCAGCCCGGCUCAGAAGCCCAUGCCAUGCCACUUGGGCCAGUCACACCUGCCCUGCCACUGCAGUGCCCCACUGCCAAUCUGCACAAGUCUGGCAGCAGUCAGCAGGGUCACUCUCCUAUACCAGACCCUGAGCCUCAGAAUGGACACCCUGAGGGCAUAUCCCACACCCCUCCACGCAGGUUCCAGCAUGCAUCAGCUGUCAUCUUGCAGCUACAGCCUGCUUCCCCAGUGCCCCCACAGUGCACCCCUGAUGACUGGAAGGAAGUGGCACCUGGUGAGAAGAGUGUGCCUGAGACUCGGUCUGGCCCAUCACCACAUCAUCAAGCCGUUGUCACCGCCAUGCCCAGUGGCCUGCCUGUACCCAAGAACCCCAACAUCCAGCAGUCCUCAGCUCACGAGACAGGGCAGGGCAUUGUUCAUGCACUGACCGACCUCAGCAGCCCCGGCAUGACCUCAGGGAACGGAAACUCUGCCUCCAGCAUCGCCGGCACUGCCCCCCAGAAUGGUGAGAAUAAACCACCACAGGCCAUUGUGAAACCCCAAAUCCUGACGCAUGUUAUCGAAGGGUUUGUGAUCCAGGAGGGGGCGGAGCCUUUCCCGGUGGGACGCUCGUCCCUGCUGGUGGGGAAUCUCAAAAAGAAGUAUGCACAGGGGUUCUUGCCUGAGAAACUUCCACAGCAGGAUCACACCACCACCACUGACUCGGAGAUGGAAGAGCCCUAUCUGCAAGAAUCCAAAGAGGAGGGUACUCCCCUCAAACUCAAGUGUGAGCUCUGUGGCCGGGUGGACUUUGCCUACAAAUUCAAGCGUUCCAAGCGCUUCUGUUCCAUGGCUUGUGCAAAGAGGUACAAUGUGGGGUGCACCAAACGAGUGGGACUUUUCCACUCAGACCGGAGCAAGCUGCAAAAGGCAGGAGCCACGACCCACAACCGCCGUCGGGCCAGUAAAGCCAGUCUGCCCACACUUACCAAGGAUACCAAGAAGCAGCCAACAGGCACUGUACCCCUUUCAGUUACUGCUGCCUUGCAGCUAACACACAGCCAGGAAGACUCCAGCCGCUGCUCAGAUAACUCAAGCUAUGAGGAACCCUUGUCACCCAUCUCAGCCAGCUCAUCUACUUCCCGCCGGCGACAAGGCCAGCGGGACCUGGAGCUCCCCGACAUGCACAUGCGGGACCUGGUGGGCAUGGGACACCACUUCCUGCCAAGUGAGCCCACCAAAUGGAACGUAGAAGACGUCUAUGAAUUCAUCCGCUCUCUGCCAGGCUGCCAAGAGAUAGCAGAGGAAUUCCGUGCCCAGGAAAUUGACGGGCAAGCUCUGCUGCUGCUCAAGGAAGACCACCUGAUGAGCGCCAUGAACAUCAAGCUGGGGCCUGCCCUGAAGAUCUAUGCUCGCAUCAGCAUGCUCAAGGACUCCUAGGGCUGGCCGGGCUGCCAGGAUUCUGGCCCAGGGCUCCCCCUCCCGACUGAGCAGAGCAGACAGACAGACAUUCCUGAGGAGCCCAGAAAUGGGGCCAGUCGGAGGGAAGGAGCUCUCUCUCCCUAGGGGCGUGGCUGGUGAGGAGGUCUGGGCACCUCCUCCUUGGCUCUCAGGGGCCUUUCAUUUCUGUGAGAGGGGCAGAGAGGUAGGUGGCGCUGAAGAUGGGGCUUUAUGCUUGUAAAUAUUGAUAGCACUGGCUUCCUCCAAAGUCCCAAUACUCUAGCCCCGCUCUCUUCCCCUCUCUCUGUCCCCCAUUUUCCAGGGGGCAAAUGGUCAGGGCUCCCAACCUCAGUUGGGUUAUUUCCAAGGGCAGCCAGCAGGCCUGGAUAGAGGCCUAGAAAGCCCUUGCCUUCCUUCCUCCCACUUCUUUCUCCAGGUCUGGUUAACUCUUCCGUUGCCAGCUUCUCCCCCUUCAAACUGCUUCUGCAGCAGCAGCAGGGUUCUCCCCGUCCACCCUCUGCAGGUGGAAAGAGAAGCUGGGCCCAGUUGGGCCAUGCCUGCUGGCACAGACGCCUUAACGCCGUGUGUAUGACUGUAUGACUGUGUGGGAGCCUGGACUGACAGGCCAAGAGCUACCCUCUGGCAUCUCCAGGUGUUUUGUAGCAAACAGCCACUUAGUGCUUUGUCCUGGACUCCUCCAUCUCAGGAUGGGGAAUAGCGAAGAAGGGCAGCCUCAGUGCUCAGUGCGGAGAGGCAAGAUCAGAGAGAGAUGGCAAUUAGAUUUCCCUUUCCAGACUUGUCACAGCGUCUCUGAUGACCCCUCCCACACCGUGAAGUUCCCCUGACUGCUCUCCUGGCUCACAAACAGCAUUAAGAAAGCUGCUGGUGGGCUGGGCUGCAAAGCCCAGAGGGCAGAGCCAGGCCAUGCCUCCUGAUCUGCCUGCUACCCACCCUCCAGCCCCAGUGAACUCGGAGGGGUGACUCAGCUGGAGUCACCCUGAUGAGAAGAAGGCAGCUCUUGGCCUCCCCCUCCUACACUUCUUUGCCUAUAAAACUUGGUGGCAGCAGUUUGAGCUGCCUGAAGGGGCAGGGCAGGAAGGGCGAGGGCCUGCCUCUGAUUUGCCCUGUCCUUUGCAGGCUCCUGAGGGUGUCCUUUGCAGGAAGGGGGUGGGUACCUUUCUCAGCUUGUUGUAUCCCUCCACCCCCACCCUAAGCCAGGGUUGGAAAUGAAGGACUUUUUUAACCUUUUUGUUUUUUAAAAAUAAAUCUGUAAAAUC